AUGGCUGAAAGCGUGCUAAAUCGACUGUUCGUUGUCACACAACGGCGAACCAUUGCCCUAUCACAUACUGUGGUUUGGCAUUGUAGUGGUACACAUGUUCCGUCUCUUGCAAAACGACUACAGGACGCAGGAAUCCCAUCGUACUUUUAUGAAGAUCGCUCGAAGUUUUUGCGCCCGUUCACUAUCAUUCGUGCACUUCAUUCUUUCGAAGUGACACACGAUUUCGAUGCAGGAACCGCAAACCUUCAUAAGGCCUGUGAGGCAUUCGAGCACGGAUACGCAGCCACUCCAUAUGACUUUGCAGAUCCCGAAAAUUUCAAAAAUGUUCUCAAAGAGGGUGGAGUGAAUAUUGUAGCUGUGCCAGGAAGGAGGAGCUCAAGUUCCAAGCUUCCCAAUCUCCAAGAUUGCUCUAGAGACCCAAAUUACAUGGAUCGGAGAAACCAGUUCGUUUUUGACCUGAAAGACAAAUACGGGAAAACUAUAGAAAAGAAGCGUGUUACUUCGAAAAUGGCGAAACGAUUGUGUGGUAUGGUACCAACAGUGCCAACACUCUACACAUUUGGUGAAGACGCACAAAAUCCCAUCAACGGCGGACACAGUGUCACUUCAACACAUAGGCUGAUGUCGCUUUGUCAAGUAUUCAAGAUCGCAUUUCCCACUCUAUCUAAACUUGCUGCCGGCAUUAAAACUGCUAAAAACGCCAGCUUCUGGGCAAUGGGAUUUCCAGACAGAACGUGUGCUGAUAUGCCGCGUGUAGCACUCGCAUACACACAAAAUGGCCUCGUUGAUGUCCCUAACAACGCUCGUCUCUUCACAGUCUGCACAUUUGGUACUCCCCCAGACGUCAGCCCAGAUGAUGGGAGCGAGAAAUGCCACGCUGAUGCUAAGUUUGUGAACGGCAAGUGUCGCUGCUUGGACGAGAAAAAAGAUAUCCGCAACACGAAGGCCUUCGUCAGAAGGAGUGAGGAUAAACUACACGCCGAG